CACCAAGACUGUCAGUUACUUUGAAUUGCCGCUAAUAGUAAUAUCAGUGUACCGGGAACUGUUUUCUAUAUCAAUCAGUGCAAUUCGUUCAAUGAAAUAUAGAAACAGGUCUAAUAGACAGCUAAUACAAAUACAGUUUAGAACUAACUUACCUUUAUAAAAUCAGUACUAGUAGUAUAGGUAUUUCUUGCUAAUAUUUUUGUAUUCAGAAGUGUUUUUAGAGUUAUUUCUUCUUAUUAGAUAUUUUAAUAUCCUUACGACCAUUUAUUUCAAGAUGAAAACCGUAGGAAAGUGGUUUUCGUCUUUCUUAAGACUGAAUAUUUUAUUUAUAAUUUUAACAAUAUUUAAUUUUACAUCAUCGUCACCGGAACCGCUACCUCAAUCUGUUUUUAAUAAAGAGAUUUGUCAAGAACAAACUAAGAAAAAUUCAUUUUCUUGGGAAGACUAUUUAGUACUAGGAAUUGUAUUAGUGAUUUCAUGUGGAGUUGGUGUAUUUUAUGGAUGUUUUAAUAAAAACAAGAAUAGCAAUGAUUUUUUAUUGGGAGGAAGUUCAAUGGGAACGUUUCCCAUGGCAAUGUCAUUAGCAGCAAGUUUUAUUACUGCAAUUGAGUUGCUAGGGAAUCCAGCGGAGAUGUAUACCCAUGGUGCGCAGUUCUGGAUGAUCUGUAUUUGCUUCCUUGUUUUGGUUCCACUCACUUCUAAGUUUUAUCUACCAGUAUUUUUAGAAUUAAGACUUACUAGUUCAUAUGAAUACCUAGCACUGAGAUUCUCAAAGAACAUUAGAUACUUGGCAAGUGGGUUGUACAUUCUGCAGAUGGUGUUGUAUACCAGUGUCGCGGUUUACGCUCCUGCUUUAGCGUUAAGUAAAGUUACAGGCAUCAAUGUAUAUAUAGCAGUAACAGCAGUUUACGUUGUCUGUAUUUUUUACGCUUCACAGGGUGGAAUGAAGGCAGUCAUUAUAGCAGAUACAUUCCAAGCGGCUGUACUUAUUGGAUCUAUAUUAUUAAUAGCUGUUAUGGGGCAUCAUUUUGUAGGAGGGACAGGAAUUAUUUGGUCACAAAGUUAUAUGACUGGAAGAUUGGAAAUUUUUGAUUUUAAUCCAAAUAUGACAGUUCGUCACAGUUUUUGGUCUGUGGUGAUUGGUGGCACAUUUUACUGGAUGACGAUGUUCUGCUCGAACCAAGCUUCCAUUCAAAAGUAUUUAUCAGUUGAGAACAUUGGACAAGUUCGAAAAGCCAUAUGGACUUCCGCUAUCGGCCUUAUAUUAAUAUAUUCAAUCAAUUUUUACACUGGAAUGAUUAUGGUGGCCAAUUACAGAGAUUGUGACCCUUUAACAAAUGGGGAAAUAUCUGCUUCUGACGAAAUUCUACCGUACUACAUUAUUACUGUUAUGGGACACAUGAGAGGGCUAACAGGAUUUUUCGUUGCGGGUAUAUUUGCUGCGAGUCUAGGCACCGUUGCUUCAGCCUUAAAUAGUCUAGCAGCAGUAACAAUGGAAGAUUUUGUGGAAUCCGCAUUAAACAUUAAAAUUCCCGAAAAUAGAGGAGCGUUAAUAGCAAAAUCGUUAUCGAUAGGUUAUGGAGCACUAAGUUUUGGUUUGGUAUUUGUGGUAGCUAAUUGUGGUAGUGUUAUGCAAAUUGCUAUAAGUUUUAAUGGAAUGGUAGGAGGAGUAACACUUGGAUUGUUUACCUUAGGAAUGAUGUUUCCAUGGGCAAAUUCAAAGGGUGCUCUAUUUGGAAGUACAAUUGCAGCAGCUUUGAUAACUUUUAUGUGUGUUGGACAACAAGUUGCUAUCGCUAAUGGAGAACUUGGGGAAGAAAUGAAACCAACCAGUAUUGCAAAUUGUUCGUGUCUAAAUAUAACAUUCAAUUUAGAACCAGAGUAUUUUAUUGAGAGAGAACCAGUAUUUGUGCUCUAUAGAAUAUCUUACAUUUGGUACUCUGGCAUAGGAUUUAUAACAACGAUACUAAUAGGUUUAAUCAUAUCCUUACUCACAAAACCAACCCGUUUAGAAGAUGUGGAUAACGUGUACAUAUCGCCACCGAUAAGAAAAUUAUUGUACUCUUUAUCAGAUGGCACCAAAAAAUUCCUUAACGUUCCAAUUAAGAAAAACUUUCCAAAAAACAAUAUUCUUAAGGAAACGACAAUCAAAAUGGAUCAGGAGGAAUAUCACGAAAUCAAGCAGAAUAACUUCAAUGAGCAAAUUAAGAAUAAAAUACGGAAAAUAUCGGCACCAUCAUAAAAGAUUCACAAUAAAAAUAUGUUAAUUGUGUAUUCAAAACG